GGAAAAAAAGGCUGGUUUUUUUCGCCCCCUCCCAGCCAACGCCUAAGGCAGGACGUCCCUUGCAGAAAAUUAUUAAAGGCCGUCCGGAACAAGGGGCUGUCCGCAGGAGACAAACCUUUGGCUACGUCUCUUCCAGGUGGCAUCGGUCCUUCCUCCGUAGGCCGCCAUGACGGGCAUUCUGGGCAAGAUGAGAAAGCUGGGUAGCUCGGAUCUGGAGGAAUCCGAAACCGCGGACGAUCCCACGGACGGCGAAGACUCUGCAGCGGGAACCCCCAAGGGCACCAAACACGGCAUCUUUGCCAGACGGGCGCGGUUCGGGAUUGGCGACGGGGACAAGGACAUGGCUCCCAUGGAUUCCUUCUACCAUAUGGAGCAGCUGGACUCCAACCCCAUCAUCAAGUUCAGCUUUAGGCUGGAAAGAGGACGGUGUGGGAACCACUGUCCCAAGCUACUCUCCACCGCAUCCAUCGGAGUCUGCGCCGGGAAGGCGUUCAAGAUAUACGAUCGGAGGACUCUCUUCGAUGCCGUCGCACAAGGAGAUCCCAGCCAGCUGGAUGAUUUGCUGAUCUACCUGCUGGAAUCGCUAAAAAACCUGACCGAUGCGGAGUUUAAAGAGCCCGACACUGGCAAGACCUGCCUCCUGAAGGCCAUGCUCAACCUUCACAACGGCCGCAACGACACCAUCCCUCUCCUGCUGGAGAUCGCGGAGAAGACGGACAACCUGGAGGAGUUUGUCAACGCCGGAUACACGGAUGGCUAUUACAAGGGUCAGACGGCCCUCCACAUCGCCAUCGAGAGGCGCAACAUGUACCUGGUCAACCUCUUGGUGAAGAACGGGGCGGACAUCCACGCGAGAGCCCACGGCGAAUUUUUCCAGAAGAUCAAGGGGAAGCCGGGAUUUUAUUUCGGAGAGCUGCCCCUCUCUCUCGCCGCCUGCACCAACCAGCUGAACAUUGUCAAGUUCCUGCUGGAGAAUCCUUACCAGCCGGCCAACAUCGCCGAGCAGGAUUCAAUGGGCAACACCGUCCUCCACGCCCUGGUGGAGAUCGCCGACAACACCGACGACAACACCAAAUUUGUCACCAAGAUGUACAACGAUGUGCUCAUCCUCGGGGCGAGUAUCAACCCCACCCUCCGGCUGGAGGAACUGGCCAACCGCAGAGGGCUGACCCCGCUCACCCUGGCUGCAAAGACGGGGAAAAUACAGGUCUUCGCCUACAUCCUUCGGCGGGAAAUGAAGGAGCCGGAAUGCCGUCACCUCUCUCGCAAAUUCACCGAGUGGGCCUACGGACCCGUCCACUCCUCGCUUUAUGACCUCUCCAGCAUCGACACCUGUGAGAAGAACUCCGUCUUGGAGAUCAUCGCUUACAGUAGUGAGACUCCGAAUCGCCACGAAAUGCUCCUGGUGGAACCCCUCAACCAACUCCUGCAGGACAAGUGGGAUCGGUUUGUGAAGCACCUCUUCUACUUCAACUUCUUCAUCUACACCGUGCAUAUCCUUAUCCUCACCGUCGCGGCCUACUACCGACCCACCAAGAAAGAAGGGACGCCUCCGUUUACCUUUCACCACUCAAGUGGGGAAUACUUCCGGGUCACUGGAGAAAUCCUGAGCAUCUUGGGAGCCGCCUAUUUCUUCUUCCGAGGGAUCAAGUAUUUCCAGCAAAGGCGCCCGUCUCUGAAAGCCAUAUUUACCGAAUGCUACAGCGAGUUGCUUUUCUUCGUCCACUCGGUCCUCCUGCUGGGCUCGGCCAUCCUCUACUUCAGCAAGCAGGAAGUCUACGUGGUUCUGAUGGUUUUUGCACUGGCCCUGGGCUGGUCCAACCUCAUCUAUUACACUCGGGGCUUUCAGCAAAUGGGCAUCUAUUCCGUUAUGCUGGAGAAGAUGAUGCUACGAGAUCUGGGCCGCUUUAUCAUGGUUUACCUGCUCUUCCACCUGGGAUUUUCGACAGCGGUGGUGACCCUUAUCGAGGAAGACAACGAGGGGCGUCCGGAGAUCCCUCAGCCAACGGAGGCCUGCCCAUGUCCCUUGAAGGCCCGUCCCUCCUACAACAACCUCUACACCACCUGCCUGGAACUGUUCAAAUUUACCAUCGGGAUGGGCGACCUGGAGUUCACCGAGAACUACCGCUUCAAGUCCAUCUUCAUCAUCCUCUUGCUCAUUUACGUGGUCCUUACCUACAUCCUGCUCCUGAACAUGCUCAUCGCCCUCAUGGGCGAAACCGUCAACAAGAUCGCGCAGGAGAGCAAAAGUAUCUGGAAGCUGCAGCGAACCAUCACCAUUUUAAACAUCGAGAACAGCUACUGGAAUUGCAUCAUUAACUCUUUCCGAUCCGGGAAACGAGUUUUGGUGGGGACCACUCCAGAUGGCAAGGAGGAUUAUCGCUGGUGCUUUCGCGUGGACGAGGUGAAUUGGUCCACGUGGAACACCAACCUCAGCAUCAUCAACGAAGACCCCGGAGGACACGCGGAAGAGCUGAAACGCAACCUCAGUUUUUCUUUCAAAUCCGGCCGAGUUUCGGGGAAAAACUGGAAGACCUUGGUGCCGAUUCUAAGAGACGGGAAACGAGAAGGAUCCCUCAAACCGAUUUCCGAGGAUUAUGCUGAAUCCGACGAGCAAGACAUCCGGAAGAAGUCCCUGCCCAAUCCUGUCUUGUAAUCGUUCGGAUGGAAGAUGCGCAUUCGUGGCGCAAUGCUUGCACAUUGGAGGUCAUUCUCUUCUUCCGGGAGCAUCAUAUCAUCAGAUCUCAUCCAUAUCGAAUGUCUCGAUUAUUUAUCUCCAGCCGUCUUAGCUUCGUCGCACCCGUCUGUUUGUGUCAUUCGUUUCAGUAUUUUUCAAAGUCACCGAAGGAAAUUUGCAAGUUGCAUUAAGUUCGCAACCUGAGCAACUUUUAAGAUGUGCGAACUUCGACUCCCAGAAUUCCCCAGCCAGCAUGAGGAACUGAAGCUGGGAAUUCUGGGAAUUGAAGCCCACACACAUUGCCAAGGUUGGAAAACCUCUGCAUGAAUCCAUCAACAAACACCCUGAAAAACAUCAUUUCAAUGUGACUCAUUGUAAGUUCAAUGUAAUAAUGAUUCAAAAGCUUACUAAAAAAUAUCAUCUUAUUGCUUGCAUUAUAGUCCUCAGCCCCUUUGUCCUGAAUGGACUUUACUCAGUGGUGGGUUUCAAAUUUUUCUACUACCAGUUCUGUGGGCAUGGCUUGGUGGCCAUGUUUUGGUGGGCGUGGCUUGGUGGGCCUGGCUUGGUAGGCGUGGCAGGAUACUGUAAAAUCUCCAUUCCCUCCCCAAUCCAGGGGAAGGAUACUGCAAAAUCCCCAUUUCCUCCCAAUCAGCUGGGACUUGGGAGGCAGAGAAUAGAUGGGGGCGGGGCCAAUCAGAAUUUUUACUACCGGUUCUCCAAACUACUCAAAAUUUUCACUACCGAUUCUCCAGAACUGGUCAGAACCUGCUGAAACCCACCUCUGGCUUCAGGCAGUUCGCACCUAUUCGGGAGAACCGGUUGUUAACUUUCUAAGCAGUUCGGAGAACCGGUUAUCGGAAGAAAUCUCAUUUUGUUUUUUUCCCACUUUACAGGGCUAAUCCUGUAAGGAAGGCAGGAAGGAAACAUUCUGGUGGUAUUCCUAGCCUUAUCUUUAUUGCCCUGCUUACAGAAACUGCCUCUCGGCUUAACCCGUAUUACAUUGUAACAGCUAAGCCGAAGCGCCCAUCGAAGUGAGUGAUGUUGAGUUGGCCACACCCACAUGGUCACAUGACCACUGAGCCACGCCUAUCCAGCUGGUCAUUAGGGCAGAGAACCGGUUGUUAAAUUAUUUGAAUCUCACCAUUGGCUUUACUCAGUGAUAAAUCGUACAGUGUAAGAAAGGGAAAAGAGACAAUGUCUUCACUAUAGCAAUUGCGAGAUGGGUCUAGGUGUCUUGAUAGAUUACCACUUAAAUAUGAGCAAGUUGUGUGCUGCAGCAGCUGAAAAAGCCAACACAGUUCUGGGCUGCAUAAACAGAGGGAUAGAAUCAAGAUCACGUGAAGGGUUAAUACCACUUUAUAAGGCCUUGGUAAGGCCACCCUUGGAAUAUUGCAUUCAGUUUUGGUCACCACGACGUAAAAAAGAUGUUGAGACUCUAGAAAGAGUGCAGAGAAGAGCAACCAAGAGGUUUGGGGGGGCUGGAGGUUAAAACUUAUAAAGAACGGUUGCAAGAAUUGGGCAUGGCUAGUAUUUGAGGGGCUGCUGCAGAGAGGAAGGGGGUCAAGCUAUUUUCCAAGGCACCCGAAGGCCAGACAAGGAAUAAUGGAUGGAAACUGAACAAGAAGAGAUUCAACCUGGAAAUAAGGAGACAUUUUCUGACAGUGAGAACAAUCAACCGAUGGAAUAGAAGUUACCUUCAGAAGUUGUGGGAGCUUCAUCACUGGAAGCUUUCAAGAAGAGACUCGACUGCCUUCUGUCAAAAAUGGUGUAGGGUCUCCUGCUUGGGCGGGGGAUUGGACUAGAUAACCUCCAAGGUCCCUUCCAACCCUAGGCUUCUACGUUCUAUGGAAAUUCAGAGAUAAUUCAAGAUCUAAAAUGGACAGCUAACAUCAAAAACAUCAUCAAAAAAGGACAACAGAGAAUGUUCUUUCUGCGCCAACUCAGAAAGCUCAAACUGCCCAAGGAGCUGCUGAUUCAGUUCUACAGAGGAAUUAUUGAGUCUGCCAUUUGCAUCUCUAUAACUGUCUGGUUCGGUUCUGCAACCCAACAAGAAAGACACAGACUUCAGAGGAUCAUUAGAACUGCAGAAAAAAUAAUGGCUACCAACCUGCCUUCCAUUGAGGACCUGUAUACUGCACGAAUCAAGAAGAGGGCCGUGAAAAUAUUUACAGACCCCUCACAUCCAGGACAUAAACUGUUUCAACUCCUACCCUCAAAACGAAGCUAUAGAGCACUGCACACCAGAACAACUAGACACAAGAACAGUUUUUUCCCGAAGGCCAUCACUCUGCUAAACAAAUAAUUCCCUCAACACUGUCAAACUAUUUACUAAAUCUGCGCUACUAUUAAUCUUCUAAUCGUUCCCAUCACCCAUCUCCUUCCACUUAUGACUGUAUGACUGUAACUUUGUUGCUGGCAAUCCUUAUGAUUUAUAUUGAUAUUGAUUGUUCCUGAUUGCUUAUUUGUACCCUAUGAUAUUCAUUAAGUGUUGCAUCAUUAAAUAUUAAAUUGUACCCUAUGAC